AUGAGAAAUUAUUUUUUUUUUGCCUUUCUAGUAUUAACCCUAGAAAUUUAUUUGAGCAAGGGGACUCCCUAUUGGUGGGAUCCAGGGUAUGGAAAAACAUAUGUGGUGGUGUGGAAUGAGCUAGAAGGAGGGCAGGAAUUGAAACUUCAUUGCAAAUCCGGAGACGAUGAUCUCGGGCUCCGAGUGCUAAAGCUACACCAUGGCUUUAAAUGGAAAUUCCGUCCAAACUUUUGGCACACCACACAAUUCUAUUGUACCAUGCAAUGGGGAGACGGAAAGAUUCAUCGGUUUGACAUCUACAUUUGGAAGAGGGAUUAUGAGCGUUGUGGCCAUUGCCAAUGGAUCGUUAAGGAGAGUGGACCAUGUUUUUUUGACCCCGCAGCUCAUGCAUAUGACAUUUGUUAUGGAUGGAAGCCAUGA